AUGUUAUUGAUGGAAGAUGAUAAUGCGAAACAUCAGGUGCACACAGAUCACAAAUUGACGAAAAGAGAGUUGCGCUUUCUGCAAUUCGCAUCAAUCGAGUACGAUGACGUGAUUUAUAUGAGUCCAAUGGAUUUUAUUGACUCGUUGACAUUGGAUCAUCCAAGAGAAAGAGUUUAUCGUCGAGUGUUGAAGGGAAAUGAUUUACAAGGAAUGCUAAAGAAAACACCGCCAUUUCGAAAAGGAAACAAGGAUUUAUUCCGAAAAUUGGAUCAAGGAGGGAUCAUUUCAUACGCUGAAUAUAUAUUCUUGCUUACAUUAUUGACAAAAUCACGUUCUUCUUUCAAAAUCGCUUUUAUGAUGUUUGAUGAGGAUGACAGUGGAUUUGUAGAUCGAGACGAGUUUUUAUUGAUUAGAAGUUUAACCUCAUCGCUUCGAUCAACGAGAUCACAUUCGCUGUCAAGAGAUGAUUCAUGUCAAUUGGAUCCAUCAGAUUUCAAUUUUGUCGUGAAUCGUUUAAGUACAAAACUUUUCGCUGGAACCGACGCUUAUACUAUCGUCUUUCAAAAAACGGAUACCGAAGUGAAAAAGCAGGACACAACGCUUCUAUUGCACUUGUUUGGCUUAAGUGGACGGGAUAUGCUAUCAUUUGAUCAAUUUCAAACUUUUUGCGCAAAUUUGCAAGAAGAGUUGAUGGAGAUUGAGUUUCACGAGUUCUCAAGGGGGAAAGAGGCUAUUUCACCGCUGGAUUUCGCGAGGUUAAUCUUGAGAUACACGAUCGUGCAUGAGAAUGACUACUCAAAGUAUAUCAAUCGAGUACAACAUCGUUUAACGCAUGAGGAUAAAGGUAUAACGAUGGAACAUUGGCGAAAAUUCUCGUACUUUUUAAAUAAUUUGGAAGAUUUCGCGACGGCCGUUCGAUUGUAUACGAAUGCGAAUAUGCCAGUGACGGCAAAAGAAUUCGAGAGAGCUGUGAGAAGUACAACUGGAUUGCAAUUGGAUGAAGAGGUGAUUGACAUGUUGUACAAGAUCUUUGACGCAAAUAUUGAUGGCUUUUUAACGUAUGGAGAGUUUCUGUCAGUGAUGAACGAUCGAUUGCAUCGAGGGUUGAGAGGUCGAGUGGACAAGCACUGGGGCUGGAAACAGAUGAAGAGCUGUGUGGCGGCCGAGGUGGGAAGGAAA